CAGCUGCUCAGCUCCAUCCAGCGUCCCUCCGCCCCAAGGCCAGCCCGCUCUGGCUCGGCCGGGCACACUAAACUUAGCUUCCACCCCAGCUCCACAACCGCCACCACCACCCCAGCCCAGCUCCACCUGCCUGGGGAGACGCUGCCACCAGGCCUGCCCAGAGCACCCACUCCUCCGCCACCACCAUGUCCCAGACCAAAGCGCUGAAGGUCCGCCUGACCCUAUUCUGCAUCCUGGUGGGCAUCGUGCUGGCCAUGGUGGCCGUGGUGACCGACUACUGGGCCGUGCUGAGCCCCCACAUGGAGCACCAUAAUGCCACCUGCGACGCAGCCCACUUCGGCCUCUGGCGGAUUUGCACCAAGCGUAUUGUCAUGAGUGACAACAAGGACAAGAGCUGCGGACCCAUCACCCUGCCUGGGGAGAAAAACUGUUCCUACUUCAGACAUUUUAACCCAGGUGAGAGCUCGGAGAUCUUCGAAGUCACCACUCAGAAAGAGUACAGCAUCUCGGCGGCUGCCAUCGCCAUCUUCAGCCUCGGCUUCGUCAUCAUGGGGAGCGUCUGCGCGCUCCUGUCCUUCAGGAAGAAGCGAGAUUACCUGCUGAGGCCGGCGUCCAUGUUCUACGCCUUUGCAGGGCUCUGCAUCUUCGUCUCGGUGGAGGUCAUGCGCCAGUCGGUGAAGCGCAUGAUCGACAGCGAGGACACCGUCUGGAUCGAGUACUAUUACUCCUGGUCCUUCGCUUGCGCCUGCGCCGCCUUUGUCCUCCUCUUCCUCGGCGGCCUGGCCCUGCUGCUCUUCUCCCUGCCGCGAAUGCCCCAGCACCCCUGGGAGUCCUGCAUGGACGCCGAGCCGGAGCACUAGCCCUCCUGCUGCCGCAGCGACUCUGGGGGUUUUACCCUCAGGAAGCCGAGCCCAGCUCAGAACAUUCUAGAAAGGAGGUGGGAGCUUUACCUCCCCCCUGUUCCCACGACCCCACGACAGCCACAGCUGCUUUCCCCUUUCUGAGCUCCUCUCUGAGCUGCGACGGGCUCCUCCAGAAUCCAGCAAGUGGACAAGACCCAGACCUGCCCGCGAUGGGAGGGAGGCAGGGCCAGCAGGUGCGCAGAUGUGUGCAGAGGCCUGACCUGCCACUGGAGCCCCAUGUUGUCCUCACUGUGCCGGUUUUAUUUGGUAAGCUGGCUCCACUUGUCCUCUUUUAGCCUCACAGGGACUCCUUACAAGGACACCCUGUGCUCAUUCACCAGUUCUGGGUGUGCCCCUCUCUCCUCCUUGGUGACACGAUACACCCUUUCUGGUGACCUGAACAUCCCCUCCUUGGCUUCCAGGAGGCCAGAGAAGCAUUUUUAACUGAGUAGAAUCUGACUGUGGUUUGAAAUAAAAGUUCUUUGAAAACUUGC